AUGACUGCUUUUGGGUUUAGUCUCAAGACUAAUCAGGACAAGGUGGUUCGGUUUUUUCUUCAAGAGGUUGUUUAUAUUGACCACGAUACUCAGAUGGGUUCUUAUCGUGAGGAGGCACAGGCCAAGAUUUACGCAAUUGGUGGAGAAGGGUUGUGGAGGAAUAUGGGUAAGAGUGGCAAUGAGGAGACUUGGAGCAAAGAGUUUGUUAUUGGAAAUGUGGGACAAAAUCGUAAUAAUUUUAUUUCAUUCACUAAUGCUCCAUUUAUCUUGAUUGGCAACAAGAACGAGGGCAUGGCUAUUCGGAAAACCAGAUCCAAACAAAAGCCUGAUGUUCGGUAUUAUGUAGCUGAACAAAAGUUGGCUACGACCCCGAAAGAUUAUCCCGGAAAACUUACUUGGUAUGUCUUCGUAACUUGCAUCGUCGCCGCCAUGGGUGGGCUGAUUUUCGGCUAUGACAUCGGCAUCUCUGGUGGGGUGACAUCGAUGGCUCCGUUUCUUGAGAAGUUUUUCCCGUCUGUGUAUCGGAAGGAAGAACUCAAUCAGUCAAGCAAUCAGUACUGCAAGUUCAACAGCCAAACGCUGACCAUGUUUACGUCGUCUCUGUAUUUGGCUGCUCUUUUUGCGUCCUUCUUGGCGUCGACAAUGACCAAGAAACUGGGCCGCAAGUUUUCCAUGCUUAUGGGCGGUUGUGUCUUCUGUUGCGGUGCUCUUCUCAAUGCCUUUGCUGUACACCUCGCUAUGCUCAUCAUCGGUCGAAUUUUGUUAGGUGUUGGUGUUGGUUUCGCCACUCAGUCAGUGCCACUGUUUGUAUCGGAGAUGGCUCCACAUAGAUACCGCGGAACCCUCAACGUCUGCUUCCAACUAUUCAUCACAAUCGGCAUUUUGAUUGCCGGUCUGGUCAACUACUUCACCAACAUGAUCAAGGGCGACUUGGGCUGGCACAUCAGCUUGGGCGGUGCCGCUGUUCCAGCCGUCCUCAUGAUCUUCUCAUCUCUCUGGGUCUCCGAAACCCCAAACUCCCUCAUCGAGAGAGGCCAUUUGGACAAAGCCAAGAAGCAGCUCCAGCGCAUCCGUGGAGUCGCCGACGUCCAAGCCGAGUUCAACGAUCUGGUGGAUGCGAGUGCAGCCUCAAAGGAAGUGGAACACCCAUGGAGAGACCUAUCCAUGAGGAAGUAUAGGCCUCAGCUUUGUUUGGCUAUUUUGAUUCCCAUGUUUCAGCAACUCACUGGGAUCAAUGUGGUUAUGUUCUACGCUCCUGUGCUGUUCAAGACCAUUGGGUUUCAGAGCAAUGCUUCGCUUGCAUCGGCCAUGAUCACCGGUGGUGUGAAUGUUCUUGCCACAUUUAUCUCUGUUUUUGGGACUGAUAGGUGGGGGAGGAAACCCCUGUUUCUAUGGGGAGGUGGCACCAUGAUUGUGUUUCAGAGUGCAGUAGCAGUUCUUAUUGGUACUAAGUUUGGAGUAACAGGAGAUGCUACCGAUUUGGGAACACUAUAUUCAAGCAUCCUAGUAUGUUGUAUCUGCAUUUUCGUCACAGCUUUUGCAUUCUCAUGGGGUCCUCUGGGAUGGUUAGUGCCCAGCGAAAUCUUCCCUCUAGAAAUUCGGUCAUCUGCGCAGAGUAUCGUCGUGGCCGUGAAUAUGUCAUUCACUUUCCUCGUUGCCCAACUCUUCCUUGCUGCUCUUUGUAUGGUCAAGUACGGCUUAUUCAUCAUCUUUGCAGGUUUAGUGCUAAUCAUGAGCCUCUUCGUCAUCUUCUUCGUGCCGGAGACCAACAAUAUACCCAUCGAGGAAAUGUCACAAGUGUGGUCUUCUUCACAGGGAUGGUCUUCGAGGGAUGGUCUUCGACGUCGAAAAAGAACGUCUGCGUGCUGUCUCAAAAACAGGGGCUUUGGGGGAAAAAAAACUGAAGAAAUUUGA